AUGUCCGGACAGUCUGGAAUGCCCCAGGUCCAGACUGCAGUCCUGAGGGGUGUCUGGCCGACCGUGACCCGCUGUCUGGGCUUAGGUUUUUAUCCUCAGGUCGAUGCACUUGAUUCUUUAAUCCAGACUUCCAGAAAAGGGACAAUGAUGACCGCGCCAGCCCUUGAUUCCUUUCCACCCUCCCUGCGUAGGGUGAUAACAGUCUGUUCACCAAGAGGCGGCGAGCCAAAUAUUCCCGCUGAGUCGCCGCGGCUCUCCUUCAGGUCUGCAGGCAGAGGAACCAGACACCCCAUGUGUCGGCGGAGGCGCACCGACGUCUGCGCGCCCAAGGGGAACCCUCUGCAGCGCCGCGCCCCCCUACUCCAGGCACGGGGACCGCCCCUCCAGCGCCGCGCCCCGCCCCUCCAGGCUCACGGACCGCCCCUCCGGGCACACGGACCGUCCCUCCGGGUGCAGGGGCCUGCCCUCCAGGCACACGGACGGCCCCUCCAGUGUAGGGACCGCCCCUCCAGCAUAGGGACCGCCCCUCCAGGCGCAGGGACCGCCCCUCCGGGCGCAGGGACCGCCCCCAAGGCGCAGGGACCGCCCCUCCAGGCGCGGGACCGCCCCUCCAGAGUAGGGACCGCCCCUCCGGGCGCAGGGACCGCUCCCGGCGCCGAGGCCCCGCCUUGCAGCCCGCCCAUUGGCCCCGCUAGACCCUCACCCCGCCCCCGGCACGGCCCAGCCACGCCCUCCGCGUUACUGCGCCGGACACCUUGUGAGUCUGGGGAUUGUUGCAGGCUUUCGUAUCGCGCAAGCCCCCUUCUGGUCGCCCCGAGAGUCCCCUUUUUCUGGUGCCUCGUAGGGAUGCUUUUGGUGGUCCUCGUGUUCCUGCUGCCCACAGUCUCCGAGGCUUGUGGUGAUCCACCAAGAUUUGACACUAUGAGGCUCCAGGGUGCACCCAAACCCAAUUAUCGUCCUGGGGAAUGUGUACAAUAUGAGUGUCGUCUAGGUUUCAAGCCCAAGGUUCCUACUCUCCCGAGAUCUGCUGUUUGUCAAGAUAAUAAUACAUGGUCAUCUCUCCAGGAUGCCUGUGUAGAAAAAUCAUGUCCUAAUGUAGGAGAGCCUGUGAAUGGCCAAGUCAACUUCGUGAAUGGAAGUGCUCUGUUUGGUUCACAGGUUCACUUUGCUUGUAAUCCAGGUUUUUAUCUGAUUGGAGCAAAAAUUCUAUAUUGUGAAAUUUCUGGAGAUAAUGUGGCCUGGAGUGACAAUAUCCCAAUUUGUGAAAUAAUUGUGUGUGCAGCACCUGGAAAUAUAACAAAUGGAAGAUUCACCGUUUAUAAGGAAGUAUAUCAAUAUAGUGAAGUAGUAAUGUAUAAGUGUAAUCCUUCAAAUGGACCAGAUGAAUAUUCUCUUAUUGGAGAAACCACCCUUAUUUGUGUUGAUCAUAACAGAUGGAGCAGUGCCCCGCCAGAGUGUAAAGUGGUCAAAUGUGACUAUCCAAUCGUCGAAUAUGGAACAAUAGCAUCAGGAGUUAGAAGAAAAUAUUACUACAACGCCCAAGUUGUAUUUCAGUGUCAUGAUGGUUUUUACCUUCAUGGGAGCAGCACAGUUGUCUGCGGUGCAAACGGUACCUGGGAGCCCGAGCUACCAAAGUGUACUAAAGAAGCAAUUGCUACCACUACAGUGUCUACAACUUCCAGUGCCUCAGGUUUCAUAAAGUCCUGCUUAUAUUUGUCAAUAUCCUUUAAAUUCCUUGUGAUUUUUUAA